CCUCCCAGCCGAGCCCCAGGCCAGGCCAGGCCAGGCCGAGCCGGUCUCCCCCCGCCCGCCGUCGCCGCCGCUGCGAUUCCCUCCGCUUCCCGGCGGGGCUCGCGAGAGGAACAUGCGGCGCCAGCUGCCCCGCGGCGAGGCCGGCGAGUGAGGCCGGGAAGAGGGGCCGGCAGGGGCGGGAGGGGGGCCGGCAGGAAGAGGGGGGCCGCCGCCUCCUCCCCCCGCCCGUCUCGGCUCCCCCCUCCCCCACGCCUCCCCCCAGGGAGGCAAUGACAGCGGCUCCGGGAUCCUCCCCGCAGCAGAUCAGGGACCGGCUGCUGCAGGCCAUCGACCCCCACAGCAACAUACAUAACAUGGUGGCAGUACUGGAAGUGAUCUCCAGUUUGGAGAAAUACCCCAUUACCAAAGAGGCCCUUGAGGAAACAAGACUGGGCAAGCUGAUCAACGAUGUGCGGAAGAAAACGAAGAAUGAGGAGCUGGCUAAGCGUGCAAAAAAACUGUUGAGGAAUUGGCAGAAGCUGAUCGAGCCUGUAACACCAAAUGAGGCUGUCUCAAGGGGGUUGACAAAUCCACCUGGAUCAGCAAAUGGCGGCGCUCACAACUGCCGCAUGGAAUCCCCUUCUGUGGCUGUGAUUGGAUCAAAGUCCAUUCAUGAUGUGAAGAACAGGAAUGAUGUCCAAAAGUUGAACUCUCCAAAAUCAGAGAAGCCAGGGAGCCGGAAGCGGAGAGGUGAACACCAUGAUGGCCACCAGAGCCUUCCUCCAUCAAAAGUUUCUAAAACCAACUAUGAAGUAUUACAGAACUCUUCCCCACCCCCCACCAAUGGGAUUGGGGGGAGCCCAAAGAGUUUCCCCAGUCCUCCAGAGGUGACCAUACUAUCUGGGCCAGAAGGGAGCCGGGUGGAGCUUGGUGAAAAUGAAAAGCCUAGUAAGAUUCCAGUCAAUGCGGUCAGACCCCAUACCAGUUCUCCAGGGCUCUUCAAACCUGGAACUUCCUCGUUGAUUAAGACGGCAGUGCUGCUGCAGCAGCAGCAGCAGCAAGAGAAAGUGGAGGAGGUUGCCAGCCAACCCAAGAGCCCCCGUUGCUCCUCCUUCAGCCUGAGGAGUGUCAGGCUAGAAACAUUUGCUUGGCAGCAGACCACAUGCUCUCCCAAGGGCUCUGUGCCAACUCCAUCUCCAAGGCCGCCUCUCCUAGAUGCUGCAUUGGCAGUGCCCUUGUCACCACCUCUUCCUCUGACCCAGCCGUCAACGCCACCGGCACUGGUAAAUAGGUUGGAGGCAUCUCAGCAGGCGAGCCCAGAACCACCUCUGCACUCCCAGGAGCAGCACGCAGCCCCCGAGAGUCAGCAUUGGCUCGCCGCAGGAGUAUCCCCUGGUGGUGGGAGUGGCUUGCACCUUGCUGAGUCUCUGAUAUCCCUGGCUGGCUUCUUGCCAGACACCUCAAAGAUGGACAGCGACAGUGCUGCAUCAGGGUCUGAAAGCAAAAAGAAGAAAAAAUAUCGGCCCAAAGACUACGUGGUCAACUUGGAUGGGCAGGCAAUAGAAGCGGGUGUCAAGCCUGUCCGGUUAAAAAAGGAGAGGCGGCUCACCUUUGACCCCAAGACGGGUGAAAUUAAACCUUUAACACAGAGGGACUCUCUGCCAGCAGACCUCCCUGCUCCUGCCCAGCAGCACAGGACAGACACAGUCAAGCAGGAGCAAACCCCGCCCCUGUUACAGAGUCCCUUUGAACAAACUAAUUGGAAAGAAUUGUCCAGGAAUGAAAUCAUUCAGUCCUACUUGGAUAGGCAGAGUACCUUGCUGUCCUCUUCAGGAGUGCAAACUCCAGGGGCCCCUUACUUCAUGUCUCAAUAUUUAAAGCAGGAGGAAAGCACUAGGAGGGAAGCCAGAAAGACCCAUGUUCUGGCUCCUAUCAGCAGCAAACCCACAAACUUGCCUGGGGUGACACGAGAGGUUACGAGGGAGGACCUCGACAGAGUAUCCGACCACCGUUGGCCGGGUGUGAAUGGUUGCUAUGAUACACAGGGUAACUGGUAUGAUUGGACGCAGUGCAUAUCGCUAGACCCACAUGGGGAUGAUGGGCGCCUGAACAUCCUUCCGUAUGUCUGCCUAGACUGAGUACAGUUUUGCUAAGAUGCUUUUUACACUGGCAGAUAGUAAAACGGGCAGGUGCUGCACCACCCCCCAUCCCCACCCCGCUCCCGUUGCGCUGAAACAGGCUCACCAAGCAGAGGGUAUGUACAAGAGCUGAAUACUGGCAGUUCCUCCUUUUUGUGAGGUGCUGCUACCAGUUUACUAACACAAAUUGCAAAGAAAGGCAUAAUGAACGUUGAUUUAAAAACACACAUAAUACGUUGAGUUCCAAAAUCUCUAGCAAGCCAGCCCCUAAAAAGUGUUAGUACCCAAGAAGUGAGAGGUGUUUCCAGCACUCUGAAUGCCAGAAUCUGAGGACAGGCAGGUACAGGCGGGCAUUGUGGAAGUGGAACAUUAACACAGUAGGUGAGUCUAUUUAUUUGUCUUGAUUUGGUUUUCUUUUUCUUUUAAAGAAAUAUACUAUGACAACAACAUGUUUGUAGAUGAACUGUGCAGAACUGUAGUUCGCUCUUCUUUGCAUUGCAUCUUUGCUCACCAGUUGCGUGCUCUUCAAAGUCCCUUGGUGCAGAGGUCUGGUUUGCAAUGAUGUGGUGUGCCAUAAAUCUAGUGGGGAGGGGAAAUAGCUGCCUUCAGCUGAACGUUCUGUAGGCGGCCACGCCAUCUGAUCUGGGCUUAUGUCGACCCAGUCUAAGAGAUGCUGCAGAAAAUGUGUUCUCCCAGCAUCACCACUAGUCAGUGUGCACUCCCCGGCAACCUUUUGUAGGGGAGUGAGGGAAGAAUCAUUCUUUUUUUUUGUUGUUGUUAAAAAAAAUCUAAGACUAAUGAGGGUGCUACUAGUUUGUAAAUGUCCUGUGAAGGGGGAAAUGGGAGCCUGUUUGUAUGCUGGAAAUAUACUUGUUACCAUUCCUUUAGAUAUUGUUUGCCUUAUGGAUACCCAUCACAAAUGCGAUUUGCAAAAACAGAGCCUUAGUGAAUGUACAGUAACUAGACUUCUGUGUUCCUAAGACGCAGAAGGAGCAACUUUGCUAUUGGUCCUUUAAGUGGACACGUUGUGAUAUAAAUGUGGAAAUAAAAGAAG